UGCCGGGACGCGGCUGGGUGCGGGCGGCGGGGAGCGCGGCGGACCCGGCCCGGCCAUGGACGAGCAAGCGGGGCCCGGUGUUUUCUUCAGCAACAACAACAACAAUAACGCCCUGCUUCUGCCGCCGGCGGCGGGCGGGCCGGGGCUGGAGCCAGGCGAGGCGGCGGCAGCAGCGGCCGCCGCGGCGGCAGCAGGAGGAGGCGGCGGCGGAGGUGGGGGGGUUUCAGCCUCCGGAGCCGCCGCACCGGUGUCGGCGUCCCGGGCUCAGUACAGCGUGCCGGGCAUCCUGCAUUUCCUGCAGCACGAGUGGGGCCGUUUCGAGGCGGAGCGCGCCGAGUGGGAGGCGGAGCGGGCGGAGCUGCAGGCCCAGAUAGCCUUUCUUCAAGGUGAAAGGAAAGGACAAGAAAAUCUGAAGAAGGAUCUGGUGCGAAGAAUCAAAAUGCUGGAAUAUGCACUUAAACAGGAAAGGGCUAAAUAUCACAAAUUAAAAUAUGGCACAGAAUUGAAUCAGGGAGAUACGAAGCCACCAAACUAUGAUUCUGAUGAAGGGAAUGAGACAGAGAUUCAGCCACAACAGAACAGUCAGCUAAUAUGGAAACAAGGACGACAGCUGCUAAGACAGUAUCUGCAAGAAGUGGGCUAUACCGACACGAUAUUGGAUGUGAAGUCGAAACGAGUACGAGCUUUAUUGGGCCUCUCAAGUGAUGCUUCAGAGAAGGAAAACAGAAGUCAAGAGCCGAUGUUAAAUGGCACAGAAGGCCAGAUUAAAGAAAACAUGAUGAUUGGGAAACCUGAAUUGACUGACUCUGCCUCUCUGCUAGAGACCUUCAAGUUUCUUGAAAAUGCAGCUGCAGACUUCAGUGAUGAAGAGGAUGAAGAAGAUAUUGAAGGAAGAGAGAAAACAAUCAUUGAUAGCGCAACAAUUGUAAGGAAAAGAGUGCUGUCUGACAGCAGUGAAGACAGAGAUACAGAAGAAGCUUUAAAAGAGUUUGACUUUUUGGUUACCUCUGAUGAAGGUGAUGGGGAAUCAAGAAGUUCAGGAGAUGGAACAGAUUGGGGUGAAAAGGAAGACCAGUGUCUCAUGCCUGAAGCUUGGAAUGUCGACCAGGGAGUAAUAACCAAACUCAAGGAACAAUACAAAAAGGAGCGCAAGGGGAAAAAGGGGGUGAAGAGAAAAACUACCGAAGAUAUGUUUCAGCCUCAAUCCUAUAUAAAACAGUCAAAACAGGGAUGUGGGAAAAUGAUGGAGCAAAGCACAGGGCCCAACAGGUCAAAGCUGCAAGAUAUGCUUGCAAACUUGAGAGAUGUUGAUGAUCUCCCUUCAUUGCAGCCAUCUGUUGCACCUUCUUCUAGACCCAGUAGCUCAAGGCUCGUUGAACAUGAGAUAAACAGGACAGAUGAAGUGGAAGCUUUAACAUUCCCUCCUUCUUCAGGGAAGUCUUUCAUUAUGGGAACAGAUGAAGCCCUUGAAAAUGAGCUGGGUCUUGGAGAACUCGCAGGCCUUACAGUAGCCAAUGAGGCAGAUUCGCUGACUUAUGAUAUAGCAAACAAUAAGGAUGCAUUGAGAAAGACUUGGAACCCCAAAUUCACAUUAAGAAGUCACUUUGAUGGAAUAAGAGGUCUUGCUUUUCAUCCUGUUGAACCAGUCUUAAUAACAGCUUCUGAGGACCAUACGUUAAAAAUGUGGAAUUUACAAAAAACAGCCCCAGCAAAAAAGAGUGCUUCUCUUGAUGUAGAGCCUAUAUAUACCUUCAGAGCACAUAAUGGACCAGUGCUCUGUGUAGUGAUGAGCAGUAAUGGUGAACAAUGUUACAGUGGAGGAAUGGAUGGCCUCAUCCAUGGCUGGAGUGUAACCAACCCAAACAUCGACCCCUAUGACUCUUAUGAUCCUUCUGUUCUAAGAGGUGCUUUUGUAGGCCACACAGAUGCAGUGUGGAGUCUGGUUUACAGUGGGCCACACCAACGUUUGCUGUCCUGUUCCGCAGACGGCACUAUACGUCUAUGGAAAGCUACAGAAAUUGCUCCAGCUCUCAAUGUUUUUAAUGAUAAUCAAGAAAUGGGAAUCCCAUCGUCUGUAGAUCUUGUGAGUAGUGACCCAAGCCUCAUGGUAGCAUCAUUUAACAGUGGACACACUAGCAUUUUUAACAUGGAGACGCGGCAACAAAUUCUUACUCUGGAGUCCAGCGUGGAUACUACAGUCAGUUCUUCCUGUCAGAUAAACAGAGUCAUCAGCCAUCCAACUCUUCCAAUUAGUAUCACUGCUCAUGAAGAUAGACACAUCAAAUUCUACGACAACAAUACAGGAAAACUGAUCCAUUCCAUGGUAGCUCACUUAGAUGCUGUAACAAGUUUAGCUGUUGAUCCUAACGGCCUGUAUUUGAUGUCUGGCAGUCACGACUGUUCCAUUCGCUUGUGGAAUCUGGAAAGCAAGACUUGCAUCCAAGAAUUUACUGCUCAUCGCAAAAAAUUUGAUGAGUCCAUACAUGACGUGGCAUUCCACCCCUCCAAAUGCUAUAUAGCCAGUGCAGGAGCGGAUGCCCUGGCUAAAGUGUUUGUAUGACAGAGUGUUUUCCUUUCAACUCUAGCUUUGUAUAUAUUUAACCAGCUGCACAAAAGAGAAAAGGAGGGCAUGAGUCUUCUUAUCCUGCCCUAUAAUUCAGAGAAUGUUUGUAAGUGUUUAGUUUUGCAGGUUGCUGUUUUCUAAAUUGACAUUUGUUCUGGUUUCUGUGAGCUCAGCUGGUGCUGAGAGCUUGGAAACUCUCAGUUUCAAAUAGUUAAAAAACAAAAGAAAUGCUUUUAUUUCAGAGGGAGUGAAUUUUCGUCCAGGCAGGCCUUGGGUGAAACUAGGUCUAUGUAUUCUUUAUAAAUAAAAUGAGUAUUGGAAAGAAGGGGUCUUAUUGCAUCAGGGAGUAGAAGAGGGAAACUUCCUAGGAUGCUUCUCAUUGAGGAAUCUUAAUGUUAUUAAAUCAAAAAAGUGACAGUUCACGUACUCGUUCCUGUGUCAUGUGAGAGGCACUUUGUCAUCCCUUUGUGUUAGUAAAGUAGACCUUAUUCAGAGAGCAGUAGCAGGUAGUUAAACUCAGCCACCAGGAUGCUAGCUUAAGAUAAAUGCAAUUAAAGAAAGCAAAUUACUAACAUAAAUUAAAAUGCAGUAAAGUUUUUGUUACAUCUUCUCUGUUAUACAGUAAAUAUUUAGUUUGCAAAAAAUUUCACAUUUUUGAAGACUGUAUUAGUGUGUGGCUAGAAGCUGAGCCUUUAUUCUAGUCCAAAUUAACAACAGACUGAAGCAGUCUGUUGUUACUCUAGUAGCAGAUUUAACUUACUCAGAUUUGUAAUGCUGUUUAUUCUUGGAGAUCUGGCACAAGAAAUUAUCACAAAGAUUUCCCAAGAAGCUUUCCUACACUUAACUAUCCAACAUUCAUCUCCUCUUUCUGUUUCUGCUAAAAAGGGUAUCAUUCUGGGCAUUAAGGGUACAGUGAAAUAGUUCUUUUGAAGAUUAAACCUAUAUAUGACACUUCGUUUGAGUCCUACUAGUGCAAUAGGUGGGAAUUACGCAAAGUUCCAUCAGUUUGAGAGAUUCUGCUACUUCUAGAGGUGUUUCCCAUCUUCAGCAUUUGUGGAACUUUUUGACUCGUCCACUUCACUGGGCGUAUCAUGGUUACCUGAAGAAUGAGUGCUGUUUGUAAUUACUCAAUGGAUGUGCUUUGUUCAUCUAUUCAGAGCUUCUCUGUUGAUUUGAAUGACAAAUAGUUUUUAAUCUGAUGUUUUAGUCUUUUUAUCCCUUCUUAAUGGAAGGUGAGUGGGUUCUUUUCUAUUACAUAUCAUUGUCAGAGUUACUACUGCUCAUAAGCCUGAACUUGGUGUUUUCCUCUAAUGGGAACAGAAGGCAGAAUUUCUGCUGGAGACAAUUUCUGGUGCUGAUGUGGGUAGGAAAGAACCUAAUGCAACUCUUCCACAUACCAGCCUGAGGUUAAGACUGGAAAGUGAGAAAUAAAUCUUUGCCUUUAAACUGACACUUAUAAAAAAUGGAAUCAUUGAAAGCUAUCAACAUAGGGUUUGACUGUAUUGUUUUCAGAAUGGCAUUUUGGGAUGGGACCACAUUUGAACCUGAAUGCAGAGUUUAAAUCAACUGUUAAUUAGAACAAAAAGUUGACCUGUGCUGUUUGAGCCUGUAACACAUAUUUACUGCUAAAAUAUCCUGAAAUACAUUUUAUUGCUCAGAAUAUUCAGAUAUGUCACUUCAUGAUAUUGAUAUGCAGUAUAUUUCCAUAGAUAAGAUUAGAACUUUUACCAUGAAACAGAUUACUACAAUAGUAAUUCAGACUAUUUAGUUUUUAUAAAGUGUUUUGGUUAUGAUGGGAAGGGGGAACAUGGCUGCAAACCUGAGCAUUCAACUUUGUGAGAGUUUUGUGUACUUGACUCAUAUUCUUUCAGUGUCAUUAUUAUAUUUCUUUCUGAAGAGGAAAUUACAAAGAUUUAUUUGAAAAAUUCUAAAAGUUAUGUAUAUUAUAUAUGUGUAUAUAUAUUGUAAACAUGUAUUAAAUGUGUCUAGUAAGGGAAGACUCCAUGGGUGAAUUUUAAUGUUUUAGUAUUAAGAGUUCUCUUGAGUUUGUGUAUACAAAGGAUAAUGGUGUGAGUAUGAAAUGAAAGUUGUGCUUUUGCUUACACAAUACUAUAUGUAGUUACAGUUGUUUAAAUUGCUGUACAUAAAACUAAUAGGCCAGCAUGCUUGUUUUUAAAGACUGUCAUUCUGAUUACAAUUGGAAUGUAAGAAGUGGCUGUUCAAAUGUGAAUUGAAAGAUGUUUCCUUCUCACUCUUGAGCUCUUGCUCAAACUAAAAAGUGAUUUUUUUUAAAAGCUGGCAAUAGCUAGAGGAUGAGGUGCCUUUUAAAAACAAAACAAAUGUAGCCUUACAAAGAGGUUGUCGAGUAUAUAUAUUUUUGUGCUGGUCUUCAUAAUUGAUGUCAAUGUCUUUUUACUGUACUUGCUCACAUACUUGUAGUACUGCAGGGUAUUGUGCAUGAGCUGUCAGAUCUUCUGAACAUCAUCAUAGGAGUUAGGGAUGAAAAAAUUAUUUAGGUUAUCUAGUCCAGCUGCUUGCUAAAGCAGAAUUGUAGACUUGUGCAUUUUAAUAUUGUCUUGGCCAGUGAGGUUUUAUAUAUGUUCUAACAAUUAGGCUUCCUUUGAAAGAUUAUUUCAAUUAUUACAUCUCACUGACAGGAGGAUUUACAUGAUGUUUAGUAGUUCUUUUUUGUAACUUCAUGUUGGUAUUCCAAGCCACGUUUUGUGCCAUUUUACAUAUGCCUCAUCAUCUUUGUAAUUUGGAACCUGCAUGCAUGCACUGGUUCUAGCUGUGUAUUUCUGUUCCUUUUCACUUUCCUCAAGCUAUUUUUCAGUCUACUCUUUUUACACAACAUGUUCUUGUUUUCAGCUUUUUAGCACAGUUCUCUAUAUCUCGGUGCACAUAACACCAUUCCAGAUGCAUGAUUUGUUGGACUUAGUCCCAAGGUCAUCUGUUUGUUUUUUUUCUCUGGAGUAUGAUGCUUUUGUGUAGGAAGACCAAACUUCUGAUAUUCUGGCUAGUGUCUCACAAGCUCAAAUUGUAUUUCUUUUUUUACUUCUGACAACUGUUUUAAAUAACCUGGAGUAUUGUUGCUUCUCAUGUUUCUUCUUCACUUUCAGGAUGUUGUUAUUAUUAAUUUGAAACUAGAUACUUAAUUCCUGUUUCAUGAUUUUUCUGGGUUUUAUAGGCUUUGAACUUCUGAUCUCUGCAGACACUAAACUGUCUUUAUUUCUUCCCUUUGUUGUGAAGUUCUUCCUGGUUAAAUGUAAUUGGUAACUUUCAUGAAUGUGAUACAUAAACAAAACUGGACCUAAGGCUUAUUCUUGCAAAAAAAGCGUUUUUGCGCAACAUCAGUAUGUGAUGUUUUACCAUUACUGUUUUUCCCGUAUCUAAUUUACAUGGUACAUACUUUAAUGGUUAACUCAUAUUUUUUUGUGUAUGUUAGCCUCUGCUACUGAUUUUGGUUUUACUAACUAAGGGGAGACUUUUCAGUUGUUCUGUAUAUUGAAAAUUGGUCUACUUGAUUUAAAUACUCUGAUUUUUAUUUCUAAUUUACUUCACUGUGGUGUUUGAUUUCACAAAUUUGAUUCAGUUACCAAAAUACUUGCACAAAAUUAUUUGGAGUAGCCUGGAAGAACCUCUGGAUAUAAUUACAUUGUGGAAAACAUUUUCUUCGGUCUUACAAAAUCCUGGUGUCUGCAUUUGGUUUUUGUGCCUCAAAGAGAAAACUUUUAACAUACCAUGUAAAAGAAUUUAUUACGUUUAAGAAGUUCACCUGAUUAAUAUUUUGGGGUCUCAUUCAUCUUUAUUUUGAUAAAAUAUGCUCUUCAGCAAGAAGCCUGUGGGACUGUAUGCCAUGUACUGUAGGUUGUUUUUUAGACUGUGUGUUUUCAAGUGAUGUUAUGUUAAAACAGCCCCAUAUGUAAUGUGUUUGAGUAAGUGUGUGAUGGUCACCAUACAGCUUUGUGAUUAGGUCACGCACCACCAUUUUGCAGGUGUGAAUUUAAAGUAACCAGAAACUUCUCCUUUUGAAUAAAUGUGUAAGAGAGAAAGGACUUAGUUACACCAUCUUUUUCAGUGCACCUGUUUGAUCACAGAUGUGUCCCUUUUCCCCACCUUCUUACUCAUGUUUUGACCAUGUAAUUUUGGGGAAUGGCAAUUUUCAUAAACUGAUGUAUCAUUUGAGCAGUGUUUGAUUAACAGAAGUGUUAGUCCCUCCCAAAGGGAACAAAAAAAUUAAAAAGUGGGCAUAAAUAUCAGAAAAGCAUGUUUGGGGGUUUUUUUCAUGCCUUUUGAGAUGUGUUUUUGGAAGCGUUUGCAGGCUGUGGUUUGGCAGUGACUUUGCAGACUGUCCUGGGGAGCCUACUUGGCACCUGUGUGAAAUACCCAGUAAGCCUACUAAUGUAAGUUGGGUUAAGCAAGAAAAUGCAGCCAUUGUGGUUGUUCCUGUGCCUGUCCAAGAGACUAUGGCAGUGUUCUUCUUGGAGUCUUCUCUGCUGAAGUAUCAGGUUUGCAGUCUAACAUUGGUAAUUUUUGCACCGUGAGAGCAUCUGCAAAUGAGAUUUGAAUAUUGACUUUGCAGAUCGGUCAGCAGCAGUCUUUGGAUUGUGUGCUGAACAGUAAGGGAAGCAAGGAGACCAUUUGCUGAACUCUGUAGGAGUUAGUAGGUUAAGUGGCCAGAGGUGAUGUACCCUCCACAUGACUGGUGUCACCUCAGGAGAGCUGGGCUAGGGAGCAGUGCAAAGUUUAGCCUGAUGGUAUCACAAGGGAGAACAUUAAAAAGUUAGAGCAGCAACUUGAGCAAGCUUUUCCCAUAAUGAUUCUUCAGAUGUAUUAAUUCGUCCAUUGGUUGCAAGUUGUAUGAAGGAUAAAAUCCAGUAUAUAUCCAGAUAGCAAGUUAUACACUCUUGGGUCAAAGGUGGAGAAUGUUCACAUUUCAAAACGGUGUCAAUUUAGAUGAGGAGAUGGCAAGAGAUUUCUAACACCUUAUUAUUUAAAUUCUAAGAACAGAACUUACUCAUCUGCUAAGAUAGUCUUCAUGUUGGGGACCCAGUUAAGUGAAGAUCAGUUCCUCAGACAUUGUAGUGGGACCACGCCUUUGCUUCUGCAUAAACGUAAUUAAAAAACAAAUUGCAGGACAAAGGCUUUGUCUCAUGAGGUCUGUUAAUAUUGAAUGCAAGCUACAAAAUGUGGGAAACAGUAAAAUUUUAGGGUUGUUUAUAAUAUUUCUCACUUCAGUCUUAAAUCUUCAUAUUUAAUGUAUUACAUACAGUGUUAUCUGUAUGACUCACUUCACAUUAAAUAGCCCAUUCUGUAAAGAAUACUCCUUCAGUACUUUCUCAUACAAAUGAGAUGUGGACUGGUGCUUUCCAGGUAAUUUGAGACUCACUUAGCAUUAGGUCAUUCAGCUUCCUAGUGGAUGAGCUGAUAAGAUUCAUGGAAGUAACUGUGAAAAUGUGGAGCUGCUUUAUAGCAUUUUUAAACAUUCUGAAGUUUGUGAGUGUUUAGUGGAGAUUGUUUUGGACUAUGCUGUUUAUACGAAUAAAGAAGUAUGAAUAUGAUAGUAAACCACUUAUGUAUGGUAAACUAGUUUGUGUAAGAUACUGCAAUCUUUGAUGUGGUGAUUUAAGUUUUCUUGGGCAUCUGCCAUUGGUGAGCAUCAUAGAGAUGCUCAGCGUAGCUGUUAGUAUUGAGUGAUGGGAAGCAAAGAUUUCCCAGAAAAAUCUACUCAAAUGUUUCCGGAAGCUCCCUUUUUCUCAGAAGGACAUGAAGCCACUGAGAAUAUUUUAUCUAAAUCUGAUAAUGUAUUUAAUUGAAGAGAGUGACAAUUAGGUGAACAGUCUUUCAUCAUCAGAGUCUUUAAGCUUAGAGAUGAACACCGUUACUGAAACACAGGGCCUGGUAGUCCAGACCUCUGUAAUUUGUCUACUGAGCAGUAGAGACACUGAUGAAGACCACAGUGUUAAUCCAUCCAGGUCUAUAGGUAGUGUUUUACAAUACAUAACCCACAUUGUAAAAGGUAGUAUUACAUACAACAGAGCGAAUGAACAAACAGCUGGGAAGUGGUGGGAGAAGGGGGAUGAGGAAGCUAGGAUGACCUUUGUGUCCUUGCUUAGGCAAGGGCUCUUGUUCAGCUGGUGGGACUAACCCCAGGAGGGAGGAUGGUGGGAAGUAAGAUCUUAAAAAUGAAGUCUCUGCCUGUGCUAGUGAACAUACCUGUUGUGUAGGUCAUCUAUUCUUUUGAUAUCUGAUUUUUAUCUUCCCACUUCAGUACUCAUUUAGGCUGUAUUUUCUGAGAAUAUUAAAACCCAUUUUCAGUGGACUCUCAGUUGCAAGGUAAAUUCCAUAAAGGACUGUUGAUUUUCUCUUGGCAGUAUUUUCUGAAUGGUUGCGAGGUUUCAUCUUCAGCCUUACCCCUCCCACCACCAAAAGACUGAUUUAUACCUCCUUAUACCCAGUUCAUUUGAUUCCAAUAAGUGAUUUCUCACCCUACCUGCUGAUCUAAUUUUGCUGCUCUGUAGCCUCUUGUGAAAACUUAUGAAGUGCUGUAUAAUUUCAGAUGUUUAUGAGAAUCUGAAUUCCACUAUAGAUGGUGUACAUCCAGUUGAAUAGUACAAUUUGUGGGUCUCAACUGGUUCAUUCUCAUGAGAGAUUUGUUACUGGCUGAAAAAAUCCAAGCUUUGACUGAACUAAAAACUCAUUUGGUAAUAACAGAUGUUUCUUAGCCCAACUAUCUUCCUGAUUGAGUCUGGGUUGUGUUAUUGUGUGUUAAAUUAGUUUCACCCUGCUCACGCUGCCAAGCCAUGUUGUGAUCCUGGGAGAUCACACCCACAUUUGAACCAUGCUGCACAUGUCUUUUUAAGCUGUUUAAAGCCCUGUGUUGACAUGGUCUUCAACCUUGGUCUACUUAUAUCCACUCAGUUGAAUUGCAGGCUCCCAAAAUUACUUCCUUGCUAAUUCUAGAAAUGCUUGGUCAUCACACCACAGUAUUAGACUGGGACACUGAGAUGAGAUUUAUGCAGCUGGAUUUGUACUGUUCUGGAGGGGAAGGGAUAACUCCUUGCCAAGCCAAAAAUUAAAUUAUUUUUUUAUUACUUACUAAAAGCAGACAAAAACAUUGUAUGAGGGAUAAAUGGUGGACUUCAAGCUAAUAUUUUUCCAUUAAGAAUUUAUUUUUUUAUUCUUCCUGUCAUCAAGAUAGUGCUUUUUGGAUAUAGCUUGUUUUCAGAUAUACGCUUCCUAGAAUUGUUUCCUUGCAGUCAGACAUUUACGAACAUGCAUAGGUUUUGAAAACUGCCACAUAAGUAUUAGCGUUUUUUCUGGAAAUGCAAACUGGGCAUGUUAGCUAAUGAUUUCUUGUAUCUUUAUAGCCCAAACAGACUGAAAAGCAGUCUUGUGCUAUAUAUUCCUUGAAUCACGCAUCUGGAAAAACUUGUAGAAGAGAAUCCGUGAUGAGAAGACUAUUGUUGCUGUAAGAUUUUCUGUUGACAUUUGUCAGCAUACCAACUACCUGCAUUGUAUUUUGUAUAAAUAUCUUCAGUUGGUUUCUUUUACAAGAAACUGUCAGGUAAAAAAAAAAAAAACAGACAAAUGUAUUUGCCUUAUGGUCCAUAGUUUGGAAUUUAUUUUUUUUUCCCUUUUUUUUUCUCUACAAGAAUAACUGUUGAACUUAGAGUUUCCUGGCAGUUCUCUUUUGGAAAAUAUACCACAGGCGAUAACCACUUAAAUGUUAAUAAUUACAGUUGCUCCUCUUCUGCUUUGGGUCACUUCUAUGACAGAUAGUUGAUAUGAAAAGGCUACUAGGACUGAUACAUGCACAGCUGAAGGACAUUAAAACUCCCCUUCACAAUUAUGCUGAAGUUACGAUUUUGCAUGCCAGUUUUGAAUGACUGUUUUGAGACAACAUUGGGCUUCAGGUGUCUUGCAAAGUGGUGGGUCCAAAUGAGAAAUACUUACUUGUUGAGUAAUAGUCUGCUUGUCAGUUUUUGUGUAUGGCUCAGUACAAGGCUGUGUCGGAAUUUCAGUAAAACCAAAUUUCCGUGUUUAAAUGCUACUGUGAAAGUGAGUGUUAUUUUAUAAGUGAGAAAUCCUGUUUUCUAACUUGUGAAGGAAAUGGUUUUCUUGGGAGUAAGGAUCCAUAAAUUUCAUGUAUUUCGUGAUUUCAGAAAGGCUUCUUAAUCAUAGGACAUGAAAAAAAGUGAAAAAGUGAUUUGUUCUCCAAAGAUUUGAUAAGCAUUUAUUAUUAAAAGCGUAGAUUUCUGCUUUAAAUGAAAAUGCUUCUUCAGACUCUUAGUAUUAAACUUCUUACUAAAAACCAGUAUUUUAAAGUCCUGGAUAAAUAUCUAAAAUGGCGAAGAAGAAAAUUUAGAGGGAAAUUUUUUUAAAAUACGCCAGUAUAUUUUUGAGCUUCUCAAUUGCAGUCCUGGAUUUUCUCUUUUUCACUGCUGUUCCUAUUUUGUGAAACUUCUUGGAUAGGUUAUAUUUAAAGCUACGUUCACUUGCCUGAAUAAGUCAAGUAAAUACUUUGUCUUUAAAAUUAUAUCGAUCUGCUUGUUAGGGUGCCAUUUAAAAUGAGAACACCUUGAGGUAACCAUGCAGGUAUUUGUAUUGGUAUGGCAGUAGUGAAGUGGGGUAGCUGUAUACUGUGCCCACAUUCUGUGCUGAGCAAAAUCACCUGGACUUCCAGAAAUAGGCAAUGGUUUUUCAGAGCAGCUUUAUUUAAUGUUACAGCAGCAAGUAAGUGUCAUUUGUACCAUAUAAUUAUGUAAAUUGGGUGCUAAUAAAUACUAUUUUUCAACA